GUAAGUGCCUUUGUCAGACUUCUUAUUUCUUUGAAUACCCAAGAUUUAAGCGAUGAACAGCAAGAAAUAAUAGUUAAAGAUUUAGAACAUCGGGUGCAGGUGUACCAAAAAUUCCAUGACGUUUCGACACCUGAUAGUAUAAGAGCCUUUACUGAAUAUUUGGAAAAGGCUUUCAAUGUGGCCAUAUUGAUGGUGGAAUCUGGAUCGUUGAUAAUAACAGUGCAAUGCCCCAACCUAGAGAGUCUUGAAAGUCUGUGGAAUGACUAUCAAUCUGGUCACCUUAAUGACAUCGCUGAGACGUUCCUGGUGACUGAUGAACUGAAGAGAAAACUCCGGAUGGACAAUAUCAAUUUGAAGACAACUAUAGAAGAAGAAAACUACUUGAUUUGUAAGAUGGCUUUCAUGGAAAUUUCAGGUGAGCUGGACAAUCUUAAAGCAAACCUAAUUGACCGCCCGUGGGUGAAAUGUUUUGCCAGGACUUUUUUACUCGCGGCCCCGUAGGUGUGGUAGAGCACUGAGUGCAAUAAUUCAGCCAAGUGUUACCACUUUGGCAGUUUACAAUGAUAACUUUGUAAUUCUACCAGUCCGUAGAAUUCCAUGUACCACCUUAGUAGUAAAUAAACGGGGCAUUCAUAGACUAGUGGAGGUCAUGCAACAACAACAAAUAUUGACGAAUGCACUUCCUUAGUAGGAACGAUUGGGAUUGGAGGAUACCUCUUGAAGUACUCGUCACUCAUGUUUACUUUAUUUUAUUGAAUUCGCCAAGGUAACUCAACACGGUGACAGGGGAUAAAACAGGACUAACUUCCCAAUUGAUAUUAACCCUUUCAUUACCCACCCAGCCCAUGAAAGGUUGUACCACACAUGCAACCAGGGUGUACGCCCGUACUCUUUACGAACAGCAGUGUGGGUCCUCUUACGUCCCACAAGAAUCAAAGCAUUGAAAGAGCUGUGAAAGGAGGCCUUGCGAACAUCAUUUUUUAACAAGCAAUAAAGCAUUCCCCAAAGGUGUCCGCUUAAAACAAGUAUUAAUGGCCGUUGUAACUUGUAUACUAUUGUUGGUGAUACUAUCGUUUUUUAUUACUAGGGGUAGCAACUAUCAACAAAUCUUCAUCUCAAACAGUUGAUUCAGGUCAGGUAGAAGAUCCAAGGUUGGAUGGAACAAAGUCAGAUGUUGUGAAGGUAAGAAUAUUU